AUGGAUUCAUACGAUCUGUUCAAACAGCAAAUCUCCCAAAAACUGGCCACUUUCAAGCAGGAGAGAACCGAAUCAAUUAUCGAGCCAUUGGCCAUCAUUGCCGAUGAGUCGGCCCUCAACGAAAAAGUCCGCCAGAAAGUGAACCUAGUGUUGACAAUGGUUGUCCCGCUCAUCGCCUCGAUAGGGCAUGCAGGGGUGGCGGUCUUUAACUCGGGAGCAAAGACACUAAAGCAGCGAAUGGAAGACCUUGCUAGUGCGGAUCGACGGUUGCGAGAACAGCUGUUCCAGGAUAUUACUCAAGUGUUACAGGCCGAGAAGGGCAUCAUUAAGCAACCGGAAAUGGGAGUGGCCGAAUAUGCAGAGCUGGCAGCCGGCUUCAUCUUGCCUGGAUGCCGAUCGACGAUAUUUGCUGGCGGAUUGGUGGGGAAAAGCAUUGGUGGAUUGGAUAUUACGGAAAAGCUAUUCGGCCGUCUCUUUGUGGGGACAACAUUGCUGGAGGGCUCAAAAACGAUCAAAAGGGCCAAUUUCACGAUGCUGUCAUCAAGACAAUCGAAGAGC